AUGCCUAUUAUUAUCAUUUACAUCCUAUUCACCUUGCUUGAUACUUCAAAUUGCUAAUGGAAAAUAAAGGAAAAGUACUUAGAUAAUGAUUGGAUAUUUACCACGAGCGCUGAACCAAGCUCAAGUUCAGGAUAUUUUAUAUUGCCUUCAAGCUAAGCAUCUGCAAAUUUUAUCACUUGUGCAACUCCUCCCACAAGCUAUAUUACUUUAAGUAAUUCCUUUCCAUCUGCCCUAAAUUAUAUAAAUCCAUAAUUCUAUGAUUAGGAUUGGAUAUCUAUGGAUUUAUAUUUUCAGAGUACAUGGUCUUCUCAAAAUGUUUAAUUUACCUUAGGAUCAUUUUCUUAUUCAUAUAUUUAUAAUUCCCCUACCACUUAUCUAUUGACAACUGGAUUUUGUGAUGCUACUCCUUUUGAAGUUAAAACUUUAAAUUUUACACUACAAAUAGCAGAAGGUAGUACUUAUGCUAGAAUGAAAUUUACAUCCUCUAAUACAGAUGCAGGUUUAGUUUCGAUUAGAAAUAUCUUUGUCUCAAGAUUAAAAUGCUAUCCAUCAUGUAAUUCAUGCACAGGUCCAAAAUACAAUUAAUGUACAAGCUGCUAUUAUGGGAUCCAAACAAAUAAUUAAUGUCCACCUUGUCCAUCAAUUUAAUACUAUUGGAAGGAGGAAGGAUGCAGAGACAUUUGUGAUAUCACGUCUCCAUUAUAUUAUAAUGGAUUUUGUUAAUUUUAUCCAAUUGUCCGUAUAAUAAGUAGUUAUAUUUUUGAUUCAAUCUAUAGUAAUGAAAUUUUCAAAUGGUCGUUAAUAUAUGAUCCAUAACAUGUUGAUACAACUCCAACUGCUAUUAAUAUUUAUUUAUUUGCAUUAGGAGUAUUAAAGUAUAAUUCUGGAGUUUAUAGAUAUUUCGACUCAUUGUCUACUUAUUCUUCUUCCACUUUUUUGAUAGGAUUGAAAAUAACAAUUAUGCUUUAUAAUGAAAUUCCAAUUAAUUGUGGAAUAUAGUUUAAGAUUAACAAUACUUAUUACGGAUCUAUUUAUAGAAAUGCUUCUGGAAUUCAAACCCAUAAUUCAAAAAUCUCCUCUAUUUAUAUCUUUGGAACAGCUUCAACAUAUUCGUAUUUGACUGUAAGAUAUGAAUUAAUUUCAUUUAUUGACAUUCCGAAAUAUGCGUUUCUAUUUUCAGCAAUAGGAAAUUAUACUGAUGGUACAUCAGGAUGGGGAAUGUCUCACGUCGAUAUUACUUCAGGAUAUUGCUCUUAAUAUUGUGAAUUGUGUGAAGUAUCAUUUAAAUGUAAGACUUGCGAAAUAGGUUACUAUUUUUAUCGAGAUGGUAGUUGCGUAAGCAGUUGCUCAUAUCCAUAUUAGAGAUUGAGUGGUUCAUAUUGCUAUGAUUAUGAUGAUGAAACACCUUAUUCUUAAUAUUUAGUUUAAGAAUAUCUAGAUUUAGAAGGUGAUCCAGAAUACUAUGGAAAAUAUACUUUAAUCUCUCAAAGUGGAUCAAACCUUUUAAGUGGAUCAGAUAUCUAUUAUUCAUAUUGGUAUAGAUUUAGAGUCUUUGGAGGACCUUUUGUAUGGGCAUAAGCUAAAUUCUAAAGGGUUCAUAAUAUAAUCAAUCCACAUCACAGUGUUACUAUUGCAUUUUAUAUUUUAUAUGGACCUUCAUUCCCUUCAGAUGGGAAGUUUAUAUAUACAAUUGAGAGUAAUACACCAGUCACUAAAUCAACUGCAAAUUAACAUUACUCUAAUUUUGAUGGUUCAAAAUAUUAAAUUGUUUAUGAAAGAAUCAACCAUAAUGCAAAUACAUUAACAAUAACUUGGGAAUGCUUUGGUCCAAAUAAUGAACCAAUCAAGGCAUAUUGUGCAUACUAUAAUUAUUAUAUUGCUGUUCAUAAUUGCUAACCUUAUUGUUUAUAAUGUUCAGAUUAAUCUACAUGUACUUAAUGGAACAGCACUUAUGAUUCUAAUAUAGUUAAAUUUUCUUAAGUAGAAUGCUAGAGUAAUCAAUAUUAUGAUAAAGAAUCUGUUAGAUGUUUAACUUGUCCAUCAUCUUGUUUAACUUGUACAUCUAAAUUAGAUUGUUAAACAUGUUAACCAACUUAUACCUAAUCUAAAUUAGGAUGUUUCUGCAAAGUGAAUUAAUAUGAAGAUUCAAAUUAAUGUCUUAAUUGUCCUAUUGAAUGUAAUUAAUGUUUAAGUUCUACUAAUUGUAUAGAAUGCUUGACUAUUAAUAAUAGACAAUUGUCAAAUGGGUAAUGUAAUUGUAUUGAUGGAUAUUAUCCAGUUGUUUCAGAUCCUAAAUGUUAGCUAUGUCAUUAAUUUUGUAAAACUUGCACUGGACCAACAUCUGAUGACUGUUUAACAUGCAAUGCUAUUCCUAAUAUUGAAAAAGUAGGAUCAACGUGUAGAUGUCCAACAGGGAUGUCUUAUUAAUUUGCAACAUAAACUUGUUCAUCUUGUCAUUCAUCAUGCUUAACAUGCUUUAGAACCACAAUUGACGGCUGUUUAACAUGUAAUUCUACUUUAAAUAGAUUAUUAAAAGGGUUAAAAUGUGUUUGUGCACCUGGUUAUUAUGAAUUAAGUAAUGUUUGUACAAAUUGUCCAAUUACAGAAGAUCCAUCUCUUAGUGAAUGUCAUAAAUUGUGUAAUAAUAAUUAAUUGAUAUGGCAUACAAUAACUUGUAGUUCUUGUGAUACUGGAUUUCAAUUAGUAUCUGGAGAAUGUCAACCUAUUUGUGGAGAUUUAUAAAUCAAAGGAUAUGAAUAAUGUGAAGAUAAUAAUACAAUCCUUAAUGACUUAUGCUAUAAUUGUUAAUUUCAAUGUCCAGCUUAUUGUGUAACUUGUGAUUUAUUAACUACUUUACCUUGUCCUGAUGUUUGUGGAGAUGGAAUCAUUACAGGAAUAGAAGAAUGUGAAGAUGGCAAUACCAUUUAAUAUGAUGGAUGUUUUCAAGUUGUAGGAAAUUAAUGCUAACCUGCAUGUUCAAAGUGUAUAAGAGGACUAUGUUUUGAGUGUGCAACUGGAGGUUGGUAUAUUGAUCCUUUAAUUACUCCUUGGUAAUGUAAAGAAAAAUGUGGAGAUGGGCUAAUAAUUGGAAGUGAACAAUGUGAAGAUGGAAACACUUCUGAUACGGAUGGGUGCAAAGAUUGUAAGUACUUCUGCAGAAUUGGUUGUUCAUCUUGUGAUUAUACAACCAACACAUGCUUAAGUUGUGCACUCCCUGGGUUUUGA